AUGAUAUGCACUAAAUGGAGCCCAUGGUGGAAACCGGACGUGGAAACUCCUAUAGCAAUUGUUUGGAUAUCGGUUCUGGAUCUUCCUCCAAAUUGUUUUGCUAAGGACUUUGUGUUUUCUUUAGCCAAUGCAGUUGGUAGGCCUCUCCAUGUUGAUUUGGCCACCCAAAAUGGUACAAGGCCUAGUUGUGCUGAGGUCAAGGUUGAGGUGAACUUAUUAGCCACAUUGCCUCAAAUGAUAAAGAUUAUUGAAGAAGAAGACGAGACAGGUCCUGAGGAGUCGAAAUGGAUUAAAAUUAAAUACGAUAACAUGCCUAAAUACUGCAAGACAUGUGUUACAACUACACCGGAGAAAAAGGAGAGGAAAGAUAAGGAGGUAAAAGGGAAGGGUGAUAGAACUAGAAAGGAGCAAUCCAAUGUUCCGGUGACAAUUAGCAACAAAUUUGCUUUGUUAGAAGAAGGGGAGGCUGAAAUCCAAAGACAAGUUAAAAAAGAAGUAGUAGAAAAAGUGUUAAAGAAGGAUCUGGAAGAGGCAAAGAAGACUAAUCCUAAUCCUACUUCUACUGGGAAAAGUUCUCUGAAGAAGAAUGGGGUGCAAAGUGAGGCAAAGAAAGUUCCUAAUCCUAGUGUAACUGGGAUUGAAGAGACAAAUAAAAGGGAAUCCACACUUGAAUGGGUUCAUAGAAGAUUUGGCACGAGUAAGGAAGAGUUGAGAGAGAUGAAUGUAGUAGUGAAUCACUCUUGUCAUGAUGUUCCAUCACAAACAUAUGAUGAUUCUAAAGAUAUUGAGGAAAACAAUGAGGUCAGGUCUGGUGGAGCUUUAUGGAGUGAUGAAGUUGAGAUUAUGGAGAAUGAGGCAUCUAUAAAUUUAAGUAAUAGGAACAAGGAGGAAAGAGGCAACAAACAAGAGAAACAUAUAGCAGCUGCGAGCCCUAUUUCAAGAGUAAACCCUAGUACUUCACUAACUAGGGUUGAGGCUGGGGAAGAAGCUAGACAAUGUACAACCAAUCCAACACCUAGGGUAGAACAAGGAACACAUCUUGAAGCUAAAUUUACUAGUGGAUCAGUUGGUGAUGCUUCAGCUAAGAAGAUCACCAAUGAAACAGUAAACCCUAAGGAUUCAGUCCAGUUUUUGGGCUUCCCUCUCAACCUUAUGUCUUUUAUGAUGUCCUGA